GGCACCGCCCCUCGCAGGGCAGCGCUUCCGCUUCCCGCGGCCCCGGCGCGGCGCUGCCUGCGCGCCGUGCGCCCGGCGGGAUGGCGAGUUACACCAGGGCGGCCCAGCAAUGGGCUACUUUUGCCAGAGCCUGGUACCUCCUCGAUGCGAAGAUGCAGCCCCCAGGAAAAAUAGCAGCUGCCACUGUAAUGAGACUCGAAGGCAGACAUAAACCUAUUUAUCAUGCACUAAAUGACUGUGGAGAUCAUGUUGUCAUAAUAAAUACAAGACAUAUUGCCUUCUCUGGUAACAAAUGGGAACAGAAAGUGUAUUCUUCACAUAGUGGUUAUCCUGGUGGUUUCAAACAAGUGACAGCCACUCAACUCCAUUUGAAGGAUCCAACUGCUAUUGUUAAACUGGCUGUUUAUAGAAUGCUUCCAAAAAACCUUCAGAGAAGAACUCUGAUGCAGAGGCUACACCUGUUCCCUGAAGAUGUUAUUCCAGAAGAUAUAGAGAAGAACCUUCUACAAGAGAUUCCUCAGCCACGUGCAGUCCCCAAGAGGUUAGAUGAAUAUACACCAGAAGAAAUUGCUGCCUUUCCAAAGGUUUGGACUCCACCUAAAGAUUUUCGAAGGAAUUAAUAACAAUAAAAGAAGCAGUGCCAUCAGGAGUGUUUCUCCUCCUCCAAAGAAAAUUCUUCUAACAUGGAAGCAUCUGUGCAUCUCAGUCAACCCUUCUAUACUGAAUGUUUCUGACAGCUAUUAGCAAACAUGAGUUGGCAAGAUAAUAGAAAUUACUGUGUUUGAAACGGCUAAGAAUAGGUGUUAUGUUAAUACCAUCUGUACUGUGCAUCAUAUGAUCUGGUAUUUGUUAAUGAUAUUUGGUUUGAUACUAUUAUUAAAGAAUUAAUAUCUUUGUAAUGAAUAUUUGCAUCUCAUAGAAACAAUACAUUGACUGCUGCUAUGAAGUAGCUCACUCUAAAAGUUGCAAAAUUUGAUUUCCAUGCAGGAGGAGCAGAGAAUAAUUAUGGUCACCAGCCAUGAUUUUUCAUCCUCGAGCUUUGGCCAUCUUUUGAUACAUUGUGCUCUAAAGAACAAAAUGGCAACUACUUUUUUUUUAAUAAUCUUACUUUUUUCAGACUACUGGUCAUCUGCAUCUACAUCUUGGGUAUGCUGAUGACAACAGCAAGGUUGACUCUACUUUCUAGCUUCCAAAUGUCAUUAAAUGUAUUCCUAAUGAUAUUUUGUUCUUGAUGUGGAGAUGUUACAUGGUUGUCAUUGGGAGACUCAAUAUUCAUAUGGUUCUGUCUGCCUUGGAAAAUAACCAGGCAGAGCACUGCUCCAGCUGGGCAUAGGUUUUGGAGAUGGCACCCUCUGGAUUCCAGUGCUGUUACACCAAAACACCCACUUGGGGCUGUGCAGAGCAGUUUCUGAAGUGACUCUUCCUCAUUAGGAGGAGGUCUGCUGACAACCCAGGGUAGAAUAGAUUUCAGUCAAGAGCUUGUUGAAAUAACAGGCAGUAAAGGCAGAUCACAGGGGAGAUACUCUUCCUUUUAUUCCCCCUUCAGCCUAAACCUGAUUUUCAUUCAAGUCACAGGAACAUGCCUUACUUACUUUAGGGAACAUAUUACAGAACAAAGCAGCAACAUUUUUAUUAUGAAAACCUAAAUGAGGAAAUCUAAGUUAAGGGUUGAAUGAUGCAAAAAAAGUCAUAAAAAUUAUUUCACUUUUGCAAGCUGCUUCCCUGAAAUUCGUUUCUGCUUUCCUGCAUGGAAAACCCUCAAGCCAAAGCUGUUCUGUAAAUAAGUGAAGUUUUCUGUGUUGUAGGAGAUGCUGAUACAUUAUCUGCCAAAUUUUACAAUGUUUGGUAAGGGGAAUUUAAGUGUUCUACAUCUGUUUUGUACAAGCAUCAUCCUGGAAGAAAACCAGUGGUUUAUUUAUAAUCAUAUUUCAUUACAUGAAAUAAAGGUUUGGUAUUGGGCCUUUCUUUGACAUUCAGAGGGGCUUAUCCCAGGAAACAUUCCUUCCUAGUGAAUGUGCAGCCUUCAUUUCCAGGUCAGUUCCUACACUGCAUUAACUAGUGAAAGUAUUUUGAGAAGGCCUAGGUUGCAGUAAAUGCUCUUUCCUGUGCAAGGACACAGUACACAAAGUUUAUUGGUAAGAUCUCUGUGGCAUCAGGUGUUCCUAGUGUGCUGAAUACUUCAGUAAGCAACUUCAGUUUCUAAGGUGGUCUGGAAAAAAUAUAAUACUCUUGAUUAUUCAGAGACUGGAUUUUGGAGAAAAUUUUGACUGUGUUUUACUAUUUUUGGCGAACAUACAAUUCCUGAAUAAUAUUUUUCUAAUUGGGUAGAGCCCACUAGUUAGUAACUUUUUAUUACCAAGGUAUGUCGAACAAGUGAUCAUAUGACCAAUGAUACCAGAAGCAUUCUGGUCAGUAUGUUGCCAGUAAAUGGCACAGUAAAUAUAAAGUUAAAACAAAUUAACUACUGCAAUUGGAGCUUCUGCUUUAGCAUAUAAAUUGUUAUAAAAUUGGAAUGAGUAUGGCCACUUUAUUAUCCCCAAGUCAUUUGUUUAAUUCACUACAUGUGGUGUGAGGAGGGGGAGGUGUGGCAGUGGCAGCUGGUUGUGUGCAUGUCCCACACAGGGGAUCCCUCAGGCCAAGAGCACCCAAAUUCCCUGUGGUCAGAGGGGUGUUGUGCUGCUUCCAGCUGCUUUCCCAGGCCGGCUGACUGGUGUGGAGCUGCUGCAGUGGCACGGCACAGGUGACACCAACUGCACACCACAAGCACCCUCAGGGAUUUGGUUAGGCUGUUACGUGGACUAAAUAAGUGAUCAGUUUGACCACGCUGUGGCCCUACAUCCUUGGUUUUGCCCUAUCACUCUCUCUGGUUCCACGGGAACUUGAGAUUUGGAUACAGUGUUGCAGGACAGCCAGUCAAGACCAAUAUACUGUGCACUGUUAGCAGGAUACUCAAAAGUCUUUCAAAGACAACACAGGCACAAUUGCUUGGAGGCUGAUUUUUUUUCCAUCAGCGACCUUCUCGGUCACUUCCAUAGGAUGGGCAGAACUCUGAGCUGUGUCAGUACAACAUGGAUGGGAGUGGGCCAGCACGGGAGGGACACAGGGAGUUUGCAGUUGGGGUAAAUUAACACAGGUGUUCUGAGCCUUGCCAGGCUCUUGUACCUGCUUGUGUGUGAGAGAGCCAUGCUCGCAUCAGGGCUCAAUGUUCUGUCAAGUGGGGUUAAGCUGCAAAAAAAUAAAAAGUCCAUAAAGUGCA